UUUAAUGGAGGUAGCUUCCAUUCUCUCCCAAACCUGUCUCGAACGGGCGAGCGCCACGACAAAAUAGAUUCAUUUGCAGUAUAUUGUUAACAGUGUGUUCUACAGCAUAAACUGGAAAUUAUUUGUUGCCAUUCUACCGGUAAAAUGAAUCCUGUGUGUAUUUGAAGGAUGGAAGAUCUAUCGCGCUCUCCCUUAACCCUUUGCAUCCCAUGAGUCUGAGACAAUCGAGUUAAAGAUGAUGCGCCGAGUGCCCGGUGCGGGCAGCGAGUACUGCAUGAGUGGCAGGCCGUCAUGCCUGGCUGAGGACAGCUGCCACCUGGGCAGCCACUUUGACCUGUGCUCCACACAGGCCAGCAAGUUCUACCCCUCCAUCCCGCCGCCGGGUCAGCUGUCCCUGUCCCCACUCUCAUCCUGCCAGAACACCCUCAAGCCCUUACCCCUGCCCUGCCAGCGCCAACAGCAGCAGCAGCAGCAGCAACAGCAGCAGCAGGAGCACCAUGGUGGCGAUACACACCCCCAGCCCAUGGGCAUCAAGAACAAUGACAAGCCCGAGGACUCGCAGAAAAAGAAAAAGACACCCGGCACGGGGCGCUCGGGCAAACGGGGCCGCCCGGCGGGCACGACCAAAGCGGCGGGCUACAGGACGAGCACGGGCAGGCCGCUGGGCACCACCAAAGCGGCGGGCUUCAAAACCAGCCCCGGCAGGCCCAUUGGCACCACCAGGGCCGCGGGCUACAAGGUGAGCCCAGGGCGACCGCCCGGCAGCAUUAAGAACCUGUCGCGGCUCACCAAGCUGGGCUACGGCGGAGGCGCUGGCAGCACCUGCAGCUCCGCAGCCUUCCCCUACACCUCCCCCGGCGGCAUGCAGAAGAGGCCGCCCUGCGAACCCGUGGCCAAAGAGAAGGAACCAAACGAGUGACACUGACUGACGCUUGACAAAACAGACUGAUUCCACACACAUACACAGACACGUAUACGUAUACUUGUAUUUUUAUCUGGUGCUUGUGAUAAAAAAAAGGCUAAAAGGUGCAUGUUUUUUUCUUGUCAAAUAUAGGGUGUGUGUUUAUACUUUUAUCAGAACUCUGUGUUAUGUAAAUACUUGCGUAUCAAACAAAGCGAUUUGGUAUCCAACUUUCUUUUUCUUGAUAUUAAUGUUUACUUUUUUUAUUUGCUACUUCGUUACUUUCAUUGGUACGACAAACUCUGUAUUCAUGAGGUGGUCCUCUACUCUUCAUUGCUGAGUAUGGACAGUGCUUUUCUGGGGUAUAAUGUAUGUUUUCAGUGAGAUUGGGGGCCAGAGUCACUGACUUUUGUGUGCAAAAGCUCAUAUAUUACAAUCAGUGUCUGGAUGACUUAUUUUGUCACAAAAUCCACAACCUCAAGAACACAAGGGUAGGAAACAGACUACUUUAACUGUCCUCAGAUGUGUACUUGUUCAAAACUCAUGUCGUAAUUUGAGAUUUAUUUGUUGAAAGCACUUUUAAAGGAAACCUGUGUUUUGAGAUACAGUGUAGGGAUUACACUAAUUUGGUGGUUAAGUACCCUGUCAAUGACAUAUACAGUAUAAAUGAUAGGCAUCAUGUCGGGAUUGUGCUUGAACUGUGCAUAUGUGUCUGUCAUGCUUGUUUCGACUUAACUUCAGAGGAAUGUGCUAUAACAAAUGAAGCUGUUGGUGUACAUGUCCAUAUAUAGGAUGACACAUUAACAAAUCAUCAGUCCAAAAGAAUGGAAGUGGGAGGGGCCUAGCCUCUGUAUGUGUAGUUAAUAUUCUGUAUUGCUUCAGACCCUAUUCAAUUGUAUACUAAGUAUACACAGUGGUUAAGUUGGCUUUGAUAUUGAGUGGAAGCUAUUCUUUACUCACAGCAGUCAAUACAUUUAAUUCUUGUAUUACUGUACUUUAAAUACUGUAGCAGAAAGUGUUGUCCUGCUGAGAAGUGGUAAAGCCAGGACUCCAGCCCAAUUUACAUUCUGGUUUCAGAAACAUAUUUCCAGAAACUAUCGUGUUCACAUCUAAACUUUGAAAAAAAAAGACAGGCUAUUGAUGAGCAAUUAUAGCCACUCUUUUAAUAGCUGAACAGGGCCUGUAGCAUCAAGUCUAAAAAGGGUGUGGAAAUCACUCAAUAAAAAGGAAUCCAUUUUAGGCCCAUUUAGUUCCCUGCUUUCAGGGUUGUUUUUAUCCGUUUGUAGUUCGUCCCUCCAACUAUUCCGCUCACAGGAACAUUUUUACAUGGUUACAUUUCACGACGUUACAUAGACUCAAGACAGUAGACAGUACACAGUAGGCAUAUGACAUAUCUAGUACUAUGAUGUUAACUGACUUAAUGACAACUGGUGACGAUACUGUGCAUUGUGAAUAAAUGGUCAUUACUUUUCAUUUCCAUUUGGACUAUUUACUUUUCAUAUUCCGUUCAAAUCUGUUUGUACAAAUUGGUGAUGAAAACAAAGUAGAAAGCUGUUUGUCCCAUAUGAAUUGUAUCUAAUUGUCAUUAAAACAAAGGUAGGGCCUAUAUCUUCACAUCAAACUUUGUGUAAACAAACAAGACGAAUGAAUAGUUUUGUUAUUUAUUGUGUACUGUUUUACAGGUUUUCAAGUAAACAUUUUAGUCACCCUGUGCUCAUAGCUCCCAAAGGCCUGUUGGUUGUAUCACAUGAAUGUUGUGGUUGCUUGAGAUUAUUACUCAUGGUAAUUAAAGUAUAUUAAAAAUGUAUGGGCUCUAACUACUACAAGAUUUUUUCACACGAUCUUAAAAGGUCAACAUAGGAAAUGACAACAACUCAUGCAAGUAAACCACAUAAUUAUUGAACUGUAAAGUAGCAAAGGUUUUCUGUAGACGUUUGAAGUGGUCAAAUAAGUUUGCAUUGGACAUGCAUAUGUACAUUUUUAUACAUUCCUAAGGCCAUGUAACACAUUUUAAGAUCAUGACUGUUUUCAAGUUAUUCCAGUAUGUGUAUCCUUAACCAAAGAAUUUCACUUGCUGCCAGCCGUAAGCUUGCUAUACACAAAUCGUCAUUUUCAUGUAAGCUUAUGUGGGUUUGUGUUUAGGAAAAAAGUUUCCUCAUCAAACGGAGAAAUAAUUUGUUUAUGUUAUAUUGUUAUAUAUUUGUUCAUAUUAAUUUUAAAUGUCCGCAUUUGUCAGUAAUAUUACAAAAAAAAUCUAAACACUGCAGAUGCUUUAUAGCCACGUUCUUGAUUGAUGAAAAUGCUCAAAGUGUAUUAUUAUUAUCAUUAUUAUUAUUAUAUCAUGGUUUGCUUUUUUGAGACCUGUGUCCCUGGUAAUGUACAUUAUGUAUAUACACUCUGAGUGUUCUCCCUUUUAAAGGUUUGACUGUAUAAUAUCAAGUGUUUUGUCUCUCACUGGCAUCUUACAGUGUUGGUUUGCUGUGCUUCUUAUGUAAUAUUCCUCUUGCGUUUAUUUACACCAUGCUCUUUUUGACUGAAAUUUUAUAUUUCACUUGAUUUAUUUUCCACUUUUAGAGUUGUGAAAUUGACUGUCAUACUGUGAGCCCUAUACCUGCCUGUCACAUCGUAACACCGCCAGAAGCAGGAUAUACUGUAUUUCACCAGUUUUUCCAUGUUACUUAUAGAUUGCUUUCUGUAUCUUGUCAGCUUAGGCAAUGCAAUGAGUGUUUGCCAAGCAAUUGACAGGUGUUCACAAUUGUAAGAAAUGGAUUGGAUUUUAUAUAUACGUACAUUUUAAAAAAUAAUGCCCAUGAAAGACAAGUGGUAUAAGGGAAAAGGUUUCCUUGUUUGUCCAUUGCCCAUGUGCAUGUUAGAUGACUGUUGAUGA